GCUUUAGCCGCCAAUGGCCCACUCUCCUUUCCUCCCAACUUCCAAGCUGUACCUUACUUCACUGAAGCUACUUCAAUCAUGCAAAUCACCACCAACAAAUGCACUUUAGAGCAAGAAACUGUAACUACUAACUAAAAUAAUGGAAGUCCUUUAUGUUGAGGCAGCAAAGGCAAUAACAAAGCUGGUGAUUACACGUCCCUUAGAACAAGCAAAGAUAGCAUGGGGAAUCAAAGACAAGCUUGAAAAACUUAGAGAAGAAUUCAACUACAUCCAAGCUCUUCUGCAAGACAUUGAGAGGUUGAACCAAAGACAUGUACUAGUUGAUAGCCAAAUUGUUAAUGUUUGGCUUAGAAAAGUCAUGGAUUUAGCUUACCUUGCAGAUGAUGUAAUGGAUGAUUACGCGUAUGCAAUUCUUCGUAAGAGAUCAAGUUCAUGGGAGUUAAAGAACAAGAUCAUAUUCAACAGUAAUGGUUGUCAACCAGAGAAGAAGCUACUAGCUGUCAUAAGGUCGAAGAAGCGAUCAUUUAAGAAGAGAUGCAGUAACUUGUUGACUCUCUCUAGUUCCAAUCCUUUGGCCUUUCGCCUUAAGAUUUCUAACAAGAUCAACAACAUUCUUAGGUCCUUUGAUGAAUUGUUUAAGGAUGCUGAAAAGCUUGGUAUUAAGCCAGCAGAAGUGGCAGCAGCUGAUGUAAGAGGAGCCAUGGAAAGUAGAAUUAACAGCUACUUGGAUGAAGUUCGAGAAUUAGCUGUUGCACAUAGCCUUGAAUUUGUAGGGAGGCAACGUGAUCAGGAGGAUCUUGCAGAUUUUCUUUGUGAUCCUAACAACGACGAGGAGGUCUCCACCAUUGCCAUCGUUGGUAUGGGAGGUCUUGGAAAAACAACAUUGGCGAGACAGUUGUAUGAAAAUGAGGCAAUUAUCAAACAUUUUACAGAAAGAUUUUGGAUAUGUAUAUCUGAUAACUUUACUGUGAAGAGGGUUCUAUCUGUGAUAUUUGAAAAGCUUACAGGAAGGAAAUGUGAACUGUCAAAUACAGAGGAUAUCAUCGAAAGGGUUCACCAACUUGUAAGGGGGAAACGUUAUCUGCUGGUGCUUGAUGAUGUAUGGGAUCAAUAUCAAAACAAAUGGAGUUCUAUUAAGAACUCUUUACGAAGAAUUGGAGGCUCCACAGGAAGCAUGGUUUUAGUUACAACUCGCAACACAGACGUUGCAAAAACAGCAGAAAGCCGAUAUCUGCACCAGCUAACAGGGCUAUCUGAUGAAGAAAGUUGGGCGUUCUUUGUGCAGAAAGCUUUCCUAAAAGGAGGCAUAGCAACAUACAAUCCAGGGCUUGAGGAUAUAGGGAGAAAGAUUGUGAAGAAAUGCAAGGGAUUGCCAUUAGCAAUAAAUGUGAUAGGAGGCUUAUUACGAAUGAAGGAAGAUCCAUGUGAGUGGAAAACUAUUGAAAAGAGCAGAAUGUGGAAUCUUCCCCAAGAGAACAAUGAUAUCCUACCUUCAUUAAUGUUGAGUUACAACAAUUUGUCUUCUCCCUCUUUAAAGCAAUGUUUUGCUUACUUUGCUAUUUAUCCAAAAGAAUGCCUCGUUGAUCGAGAAGAUUUAAUCAAUCUCUGGAAUGCUCAAGGUUUCCUUCAUUGUCAAUCAGAAGGAAGCAACUUGACGCCUGAGGAGCUAGGAGGAACAUAUGUUGAUAUAUUAUUGAGCAAUUCACUCUUACAAGCAGAGACACGACAUUCUUCUGAUUGUGAUGUCACAGAAUAUCGUAUUCAUUAUUUAGUGCAUGAUAUGGCUCUUUACAUAUCUAGACAUGAUUGGUUAAUUUGGAAGGGGGUAGACAAGGUCGGUAAUCCUUAUGGCUGUCGGCAUCUAGCCAUAUAUUCUGAAGGUGAUGAUGUCAUAACCUCAGAAUCUUCAGCAGAGAAAAUGGCACGGUUGCGGACACUACAUUCUAUUAUUAGCUUACCUGCAAAUCUUUUGGUGCAUGCCAAAAAUUUACGUGUCCUAAAAUUAGCUGCAACGGGUCUAAAGGAAGUGCCUACUGCAAUUGGGGAGCUCACUCAUUUAAGGUACAUCGACCUAUCACAUAAUCCAAUAGUUAUGCUGCCCGACUCAAUCACAAGCCUUCACCAUCUGCAAACUUUCAGACUUUUCAGUUACAAGUUCAAGAAAUUACCUCAAAGAUUGUAUAGGUUAGUCAACUUAAGACACCUACAUCUUACCUCCCAUUCAUGGUGCCUGCCUAGAGGGAUCUCACGAUUAAAAGCACUCCAGACGCUACCAAUGCUUGAGCUGAAUGAAGGCCACGGAUGGGAAAUUGGUGAAUUGGGAGCUUUGAGUGACAUUAAGGGCCUCUUAUCUGUCUCUGGACUUGAACAUGUGAAGAGCAAAGAAGACGUCGAGAAAGCUGGAAUUUGCAAAAAAGCCGGCAUUUCAGAGAUGCAACUAAGUUGGGGCUGGGGAAGGACUAGCAAUCACCUAGAUGUGCUAGAUGCUUUAUGCCCUCCCCCAAAUCUAAAGUUGCUCAUGAUAACAGGGUAUGAUGGUCCAAAGUUUCCUUCUUGGAUGAUGACUUUUAGUGAUGCCACUCUAAGACCAUUCUUCCAUCUGGUGCAUAUUGAAUUACUAUAUUGCACAAGUUGCCAACAACUUCCCGCGCUGGGGAAACUACCAUGCCUUCGGGAUCUGUCUAUGUAUUCUAUGUGGUCUGUCACAAAUAUAGGGGAUGAAUUUUAUCAUUCUAGUAAUGAUGUUAAGGAGCGAACUCCAACUGUAUUUCCAGCCUUAAAGAAACUUACUGUUUCUAGCUUUGAGAACCUAACAGAAUGGGCGCCACCACUAAGUUGCGAGUCUGGAACAGUAACUGCACCACCCACAGUUGCAUUUCCCUUGCUUGAAAUCUUAAAGAUUGAACAAUGUCACAAACUGGUCCAGACUCCUACCAACUUCCCUUCUCUCAGGCAUUUAUGGGUUAACAAGAGUCUCAAAGGCCUAGCAUUGUACAAUGUUAUAAAUGGAAGUAGCAAUGCACUUACCUCACUCAAUAUCAAUGAGGCACCAGAACUAUAUGGGAUACCUGAUGAGCUGAUCAAUUGCAUGAAUCUUGAGGAGUUAACGAUACGUUGUUGUCCUGAUCUACAAUCAUUACCUGAUGGACUUGGAACCCAACUUACUUCCCUACUUCACUUGUCUGUAAUCGAGUGUCCAGAACUGAAACAGAUCCCAGCCACUAUGGGGGAUUGCCACUCUUUAAAGAGAUUGUGCAUACGCGACUGUCAUAAUAUACAAGGUAUGCCAGAUUUGAGUCAGCUGAAUCAUAUUGAGGAGGUAGAGAUCAAUGGAUGCAGAAAACUGAAGUGUCUGCCAAUAUUAAUAGGGCUUCAAGCCCUUCCUCUCCUCAACUCAUUAUCCAUUGGAGGGUUGGAGUCCUUAGAAAUCGAGUCCUCGAGCUCAGUAAUGUCCUCCCAACUUGUAUUCCCAGCACUGAAACUGUUGAGAAUCAUCAAAGAUGACUGCACAAAGCAACUACCAGAAUGGAUUGGGAGCCUCUCGUCGCUGCAGAAGUUGGAAAUAAAGUGGUGUGAGAAUUUGAUGCAUUUACCUUCACAAAAUGUCAUGUUACAGAUGACCAGAUUGACAGCACUCAUCAUAGAAUCCUGCCCACUUUUGCAAGAAAAAUGUGCAAAGAAGGAUGACCCUGAGUGGCACAAAAUCUCCCACAUCCGUCUCAUUAGCAUCAACUCAAACAUUAUCCAAGAAAUGUCGGCAUAAGGUUACAUUGAUCAUCCAAGUAAAUAAAUGCCCUUAUAUUUUCUAUAAAAAUUAUGUACAAUUGUUUAGUUUGGUCAGCAAUAACAUCGGAGGUGCAACUGUAAUAUCUACUUCCCACCAAAUUUAUAUUUUGGUU